AUGGAUGCUUACACGUAUGUCGUCGUGAUCCUCUGCAUCGCCUUGUUUGCAAUCAAUUUAGUGUUUUCCUGUUUCACUUGCUGCUCCAUUCUUCAUAGCUUCUUCAUGACAGAGACAAACCAAGAUUUGAGUGACCUCAAGAAGAAUCUUAUCGUACCGGAAGAAGCUAAACCAGACGAGAAGGUUAUGAUCAUUACAAUCUUGAGUGACCAAGAAUUCUCCGACUCCAUUGAUGAUGAUGAUUGUUGCCAAGAUUGCUCUCAUGAUGAUAUUUGUGCUUGUUGA